AAGAAUAAAGUAAAGAGGCCCAUAAAGUCAGGAGAGAAAGAGUGGAUAAAUAUGAAGUGAAAUGAAGAGUUGGACUAUUGUAUGUGCCAGCUAAAGUUGCCUUCUUCUUAUGACUCAAUUACACUUGGAACCGCUACAGGCAACUCUUCUGCCAAUGUCAUAAAUACCCAGUUGGUUCGGCAAAGCACGGGAGACUUCGAGACCCUCAAAAAAAGGAUUUCAUCGUUCUCGCACUGGGUUCAGAGAAAUAUAUAGGGAGGAGAGAGAACUGCAAGGAAAGCUCGACGAAAAAGUGAAGGGAAAGAUGUUGGAAGGGAAGGCUUUGAUUGAGGACACAGAUAUGCCCGUGAAGAUGCAGAUCCAAGCCAUGGCCUGCGCUUCUCAAGCUUUGGAUCUGUAUGAUGUCUUUGACUACAAAUCCAUCGCAGCCCACAUAAAAAAGGACUUUGAUAGCAGAUAUGGGGGAGGAUGGCAAUGUGUGGUGGGCUCAAACUUUGGGUGUUUCUUCACUCAUUCAAAAGGGACUUUCAUAUACUUCACUUUGGAGACCAUCAGCUUCCUCAUCUUCAAAGGGGCUUCUUCUUGAACCCUGUAUGCUCAUGCUUUAGCAUCAUAUGAGAGCCUUGAGAGGGGGAGAAAGGUGCCAUUGGCUCAUAACUCUCGACGUGUCAAAUAGCUUUAAGAUUUUCCUUUUCUUUUUGUUACCUAGCUUCUUGGGAAAAAGAGAGAGAGCGAGAGCAUAGAAAGAGAUGGGCUUUAAAUGCUUUCUGAACUUUUGGAGGGGCAUCUGUGUUGUGCUUUUUGCAUGUAUCUCUGAGAAAAGAAAAGGAUGAUGGGUAGACCUUUCCUGAUGAUAUUUUUCUGGGAAAUGAUCUUCACCCUGUCCAAUUGAUUUGCUUCAGCUACUGAUAAAGUGUUGACGACGA